AUGUACGCUGCCUCUGCAGACAUGGGCGACUCCUGCCUUGCCAAUGCUGAUGGAGACUUCCUCAUCGUCCCCCAGCUGGGCACCCUCUGCAUCACCACCGAAUUUGGAAAGCUACGGGUGGCACCCGGAGAGAUCACUGUAAUUCAGCGAGGCAUGCGCUUCUCUGUGGAUGUGGAAGGUGGCAGGGCACGCGGAUACGUUCUGGAGGUCUUUGCAGGGCACUUUGUGCUGCCUGACCUGGGUCCUAUCGGUGCCAAUGGUCUGGCCAAUCCCCGCGACUUCCAGACGCCGGUGGCUUGGUUUGAGGACAGGCAAUGCCACUACACUGUGAUCACAAAGUUCGAGGGCCAGCUGUUCUCAGCCGAUCAGAACUUCUCGCCCUAUAAUGUUGUCGCCUGGCACGGGAACUAUGCGCCCUACAAGUACGACCUGUCCAGAUUUUGCCCCAUGAACGCCGUGGCCUUUGACCAUCCAGACCCCUCCAUCUUCACCGUGUUGACCUGCCCCUCAGCCAUCCCAGGCACGGCUGUGGCCGAUUUUGUCAUCUUUCCCCCGCGCUGGACGGUGGCGGAGCACACGUUCAAGCCCCCAUACUUCCACCGCAACAUCAUGUCGGAGUUCAUGGGGCUGAUCCGGGGAGAGUACGAUGCCAAGGCCGGCGGGUUCAAGCCAGGCGGCAGCAGCCUGCACAUGUGCAUGACGCCCCAUGGCCCAGACACGAUUUCCUAUGAAAAGGCCAUCCUGCCAGUGGCAGAGGAGCCGGCCCACCUGCCCAGGGACACGCUGGCCUUCAUGUUUGAGACGUACUACACACCGCGUCUGACGGCGCAAGCGCUGGGCUCGUCCUCCAUGGAGAGGGGGUACUACCAGUGCUGGUCGGGGCUCAAGAGCCACUUCACAGGGUCCAAGAGCCCCGCGCCCAGCCAGGCUGAGGAGGCUAGACCCCUGGCCGAGUCUGCCGCUGCCUGA